AUAACUUUCCCCUCGUAAAGGUUUUUAACCCCGUGGUUCAAACUAACGUUCAGUCAACAAUAAAAAGCCAAAUAAAUAAUUCAGUUUUUCACGCGAACGAAGCAGGAGAUCGCUUCUAAUUUAUUAUAUUUUAUUUAAUCUUAAAGUAAAGCAGUCAAUUCUCAGUGAUUUUUUGUGGAAAGCUGAAGUUUUCGUCAAAAGAUACAAAAAGACAUGUCGAACUUUGUUAUAUUUGAGGAUCAGGAAAAUGUGCACGAGAAAGGACUCGGAGCUGUCGGAGGUGCCAAAAAAGAACGACAGAAGCUAAUGCCACUGGGAAAUAAGGCAAUAAACAAUGAGAAUGCCUUCGAAAAUCAGGGAAAAAAGAUACAGAAAGCAUCUGAAUCGUCAUCGACAAUCAUAAGUGGAACAUAUAUUCAGAAAAAUGUGUUUGUAACUAAGGAGGAUCAGAAAAUAAAAGCAUCCGUUAAAGUAGAGGAAGUUGCUUGUGAGGAAGAAUCGAUCAUAAAUGUUACAAGCGAUGAAUGGUCCACAGAUAAUCUGGAAGCAUCAUCGUUCAGUUAUCGAACAACGAAAGAUAUUCAUGCUAAAGAUGAAAUUGCAACGCCCAUGUCGAUAAUUGAACCAUCAACACCAAUGUCAAUUGAUAAAUCAGUUUUGGGAGGAAAUUUAUCUCAUAAAUCUAUCAUAAGGAACGAUCGUGACAGAUUUUUCGAGGUUUACGAAUAUCAAAAAGAUAUUCUUGAAUAUUUGAAACAAGUCGAAUCUCAAAAGAACAUACGACCAAGAGCUGAGUACAUGAAGAAACAGCCAGAUAUAAAUGACAGUAUGCGAGCUAUUCUUGUCGAUUGGUUGGUUGAAGUGAGUGAAGAAUAUCGUUUGCAAAGUGAAACUCUUUGCUUGGCGGUUAAUUACAUUGAUCGCUUCUUGAGUUACAUGUCGGUUGUUCGAGCUAAAUUGCAACUUGUCGGAACAGCAGCAAUGUUUAUUGCAUCCAAAUACGAGGAAAUUUAUCCACCUGAGAUCGGAGAAUUUGUUUACAUCACAGACGACACAUACACAAAGCAGCAAGUGCUUCGCAUGGAGAAAUUGCUUUUGAAAGUUUUGUCGUUCGAUUUAUGUGCUCCUUCAGCAUUGGCCUUCAUAAAUCUCUACUCAUCAAUGAUAAACAUUCCCGAUAAAGUAAAGUUCUUGGCUCAGUAUCUUUGUGAACUUUCAUUGCUGCGAGCUUUGCCAUUCUUAAACUACACACCAUCUCGACUAUCUGCAGCUGCAUUGGCAAUGGCUUACCACACAUUUGGCUUCCCAAUUUGGAAUAAGAAGAUGAGGGACACUUUUGGCUACGAGAUUGAAGAAUUGACAGAAAUCAUUGCUCAUCUUAGUGAAAUUCAUGUCGAAGCCGAAAGCAUGACACAGCAAGCAAUUCAGGAGAAAUAUAAAGCGGGAAAGUAUCUCCAAGUGUCAUCCGUAAAAGCAAAACAGAUUCUGAAUGAGGAGUUAAAUGAAAUCAUCGCUAAGCUUGAUGAGAACGACGACUUAAACUCAACAGCAGAAAAUAUUGAAAAUGUGCGGCAAAAAACUGAAAUGCUCUUCAAUUAGAUAGAUGUGAGAUUUCCUAUCGCUCUCCUUUUUUUCUUAGUUAAGUUAAUUUAAUGAGUUUUUUUUAAUAUUUCAAUUAUUUCAUCAUCUAGAGAUGAUGGUCGAUAUCUUUAGAUAGAAUAAGCUCAUGUGCUAUCAAUUUAUCUCUUAAACAAUGAACGAUUACCAUUCAUAGCUCUCAUUUUUAUGUAUUAAAUUUAUUUGGUUUGUAUUUUUCUGAUAAAUUUAAUUUUUCUCGUAUUUUUUGACGCUUAAUUAUCUAUCACGAUUAUUGUAAGUUCAUAGUUAAACAAACUUUUUUUGUCUACUCGAAAAAUCCAAAGCCUUGCCCAAAGUUCCGUCUCAGUUUAAAGAAAGAAAGGAAGUGCCAUUUCGGCUAUAACUCAUGGAUUAUAUUAUCAGGACAUUUCUCUAACAUGUAAACCAAAUUGGCAAUAAAAUUUCUUUUUUUUUAUUCCUUAAAAAAGAUAAGUUAAGCUUAUUAAAUAUAAAAGAAAAAUAUGAAGAGAGUUUUCUAAAUUUUCGAACUUUUUUUAAAUAUCAUAAAAAGAAAGAUCACAAAAUGACAUUUGUUAAGAUCUAGGUAUUUAAGUUUUCUGCACAAAACUUAAAAACGUUUUCGAGUUUCAAGUAAAAAUAUGAAAGUCUGGAAUAAAAAUCAUUCGACUUUAAAGUUUCACAAUACGUUAAUUAAUAAGAUAUGUUCAGUGUGUAUGUGUAAGUUAUGUAAGACAAAUAAAUCUUAUUCCAACUUUCAUGCAAUAA